UGCGAAGGCGACCGCAAACUGACGCUCUGCGGCACUCCUAACUAUAUCGCGCCCGAAGUGCUCUUCAAAAAGGGCCACAGCUAUGAAGUGGACGUCUGGUCGUUGGGCUGUAUUGUAUACACACUGGUUGUCGGCAAACCUCCCUUCGAGACCAAUGACUUGAAGGACACUUAUAAGCGGAUUAAGUCCAAUGAGUAUAAGAUCCCGGCGUAUGUCGGGUCAGAUGUGUCCGCUUUCAUCACAAAACUGCUUCAGUCGGACCCCAAAAGGCGGCCCUCAAUGCGUGAGGUGUUGGACGACCCGUAUAUGAAUCGCAAUUACAUUCCGUCCCGACUUCCGGUGUCGUGUCUCACAGUUCCGCCUCGUUUUGAUGGACGCCUUUCCAUACUUCCGGACUCUUUGGCCAAAUUCUCGCCCCGAAAACCGUUGGGAGAAAUGGCUAACAAUGGACUGAAAUCACCGGAAAAGGCUAUCGCUGUGAAGGAUGAGCCCAAAGCGCCCACCAAUCGGGGCCCCAGUAAUCCCAAAGACUAUUAUCUGCGGGAUUUGAGUAACCAAUUGCAUCAUCUGAUUAAUCAAAAGCCCACUGAAUUGCCGCAAGUGAUGGAAGACGAUGCCGAAGAUCCCGCGUCUUCGCCCAUCUUCUGGAUCUCCAAAUGGGUUGACUAUACAGACAAAUAUGGUAUCGGAUAUCAAUUGUGCGACAAUAGUGUCGGCGUUUUGUUCAAUGAUAUCACGAAAAUAAUGCUAAUGUCUGACGAGUCAAACAUGCAUUACAUCGAAAAGGACGGCUCCGAACGUUAUCUUAAUUUCAACGCCUGUCCGCAAGAGCUCUACAAGAAGUUAACGCUUUUGAAAUACUUCCGAAACUAUAUGAGCGAACAUUUGCUUAAAACUGGCGAAAAGCCUGAGCCUCGAGACGGCGACGAUUUGGUACGACUUCCGUAUCUAAACAAUUGGUUCCGAACCAAAAAUGCAAUCGUUUUCCAGUUAACUAAUGGAACCGUUCAGAUCAACUUCUUUCAAGAUCACACUAAACUGAUUCUGUGUCCACUCAUGGGUGCCGUCACUUAUGUCAACGACAAGCGAGACUUCAAGACAUAUAAGUUGAGUCUCAUCGAGAAGUACGGCUGCAGUAAAGAAGUGUUCACAAGACUGCGAUACGCGACUGAGAUUGUGGACCGACUAAUGCAUCACAAACUCAGCUCUAAUACCAGAAGCGGCGGUUCAAAGCGUUGAAUCGCAUUCUUAAUGUUCAUUAUUUUGAUAAUCACUUUUGUUUUAUAUAAAUCAUUAUUUUAGUCAAUUAUCUUCACUAUCUAUGUGUCAAAUGGUGUCGUAAUAUUAUUUUUGCACUUAUUUUUACC